GAGGUGACGUCAUUACGUCCGCAGCCUAGCAGCAGAAACGACGGCGUAAACAAAGCGAGCCGCUACAAGCUAAGUAGACGAUGUCUCUUUGGUGAAAUAAUCGCUGUACAGGUCUUGGCAACCCACCGACGGAGCUCGGCUCCCAGUCGCAGCCUGAGGCGGUGUCCUGUCCAUCGAGACGCAGACAAAUUAGCUUACCGUUACUGCUAGCUGCGUUAGCUUCAGCUAACCUUGGAGAACAGGAUUUUAUUUAUUUAUUUUUUUUUAGUUCUGGGAAUCGUCUUAAAACAAACCACUUUUAUUUAUUAAAGCUGUUUUAUUAUUUUCACUCAUGUUGAGUAAGUGGAAUACUGUUAAAGCGGCUGACACGACGAGUUAGCUCGAAAUAAUGUAGCAACUCGUGAUUAAAAGAGUCGUUCAUCUGGAUAGAUAGAGGAUACCCCUCUCUUGGACCGAUGGCCACCUAGCCAACUGCUGCGAUCUGGAGGCGAACUGCCAUGUUUAGUUUGAUGGCGAACUGCUGCAGCUGGCUGAAACGUUGGCGAGAGCCUGCCAGGAAAGUGACCCUGGUCAUGGUGGGCCUGGAUAAUGCGGGGAAGACGGCGGCAGUGCGAGGAAUCCAGGGAGAAAAUCCGCAGGAUGUGGCUCCCACUGUGGGCUUCUCCAAGGUGGACCUGAAGCAGGGAAAGUUUGAGGUCACCAUCUUCGACCUGGGCGGAGGAAAGAGGAUCCGCGACAUCUGGAAGAACUACUUCUCGGAGUCUUACGGUGUGGUGUUCGUGGUGGACUCCAGCGACGUGCAGCGGAUCCAGGAGACGCGGGAGACCAUGGCCCAGGUCCUGCAGCACCCGCGCAUCGCUGGGAAACCCGUGCUAGUACUUGCCAACAAACAAGAUCUGGAGGGAGCACUAGCUGAAGCAGACAUCAUUGAGAACCUGUCGUUAGAGAAGCUUGUUAAUGAAAACAAGUGUCUCUGUCAGAUCGAACCUUGCUCUGCCAUUUUAGGAUGUGGAAAAAAGGUGGACAAGUCCAUCAAGAAGGGCCUUAACUGGCUUCUCAGCAACAUUGCCAAAGACUACGAGGCCAUUGCUGAGCGUGUGCAGAAGGACACGGCGGAGCAGCGCGCUCUGGAGGAACAGGACAAGAAGGAGAGGGCAGAAAGAGUACGGCGGAUAAGAGAGGAGAGAGAACGGCUGGAGCGCGAGGAGGCCGAGCGAGAAGGAAGGCCCGUCCAAGAGGAGGAAGCUGAUGAUGAGAACAUACAAAGCCCCUUCCAACCCAUAGGAAAUUUGAUCUCCAAGAACGAAGAACCAGAAACAGACAGGAAAGAGCAAAUAGAAUUACAAGAAGACAGGAGUAGCGGUCCGAAGGAGGGCUUGGAGCAUGAGGAAGAGGAGUAUGAGGAGGACAACGCUGGAGGACCAAAUGACACAAGACCAACGGCAGAAAACACAACUUCAUGCGAGCAGAGCAAGAAGAAGACGAGCAAGCUGCAUCUGAAGAGGAAACACAGGGUGGACCCGCUGAGGACAGAUGAUGGACCAGCAGAGAGCCCCACGCCUCCACCUCCACCUGUGGGAUGGGCCACACCCAAAGUCUCUAGACUGCCCAAACUAGAGCCGCUCGGGGACUCGGGACAUUCUGAGUUUUACAAGAAACCCCUCCCGCCGCUAGCGAACAGGCCACGACCUAACGGUGACUCUCAAGAUGUCAUCUCUUAAAGCUCCUUUAUUGACUGACUGACUGACUGACUGAGGUCAGCUCCAGACCAAUCACAGCUCUCUUCUGUGCUUUCUGUCUCAAGCAAACGGUGUGUAGACAACCAAACGAAACGGACAACCGCGGGAGCUGGUGGCUGGGCUGAAGUAUGGAGGCAAAGCAGAGUGGGGGCAUAAUGCCCUGCUCAGAUGCUGAGAUUUCAUGCUGAACCUGCCUGAACUGUCCACCAGGUUCUAUUUGAAUUUAGAUUUAGUUUUUUUGAGUAUUAUUGAUCAGUAUUGAAAGUUGGAGUCCAACUUAAAUGCUUUAAAAUGAGAAACAAUGUAAAUAAAACCUUAUCUAACCUUAGCAGAAAAAGGAAACUCAGUUGUUUCUUUGUUGUUACAAUGCUUCUUGAUUAUAAAUCAUUAAAGUUGGAAAGAUUUUAUUUUUCCCUUAAAUGGUGACUCAUUUGUAAGGAAAAUGCGUUUGUGGGUUACGAGUCCUCUCAUCCAACCCCAGACAGUUUAUACAGCUUCUGGUGGAGUCAGAUCCAUGAUUACAAGAGCCCUGGAACCAGAACAUGCGGAGGAACUUUAUGUUCAGCUUCGAGUACAGAACUUGGCCUAGCGCAUUUGGUUGAAGCUGGUGUGAUGCUGUGGAGUCUCCUUCGCUGGAGAAAGAGACUGAGAUGAGAUUCUGCAACCAAUGGCAUCUCACAUGCCCUCUGCUAAGAACUGAAAUCUAUCCUCCAAGAUGCCAACACCAACAUCUCUUAGAGAGGAGAAGGAGGGGAUGCCAGGUUGUGGCGUCUAUGAAAUUCUGUUUACUGAAGCCCAUGUUUAUUGCUUAAAUGUCUUGUUUCUUUAAACUUCAAUCAUCCAGUCUAAUAAACGACACUCUGCUGCUCUAUAAAAAUGCAUUUAGCUUACAAUUACUGCAGCAUUUAAAUGAAAUAAACUGGCUUUUUGAAAAGCAGUGUUACAACCAAGAAACAAUCAACCAAAUACAGAUUUCCUUACUUUUUGUGCUAAGUUUUCUAUGUGUUCGAACUGAAAAAUAUAUUUGUAUACUCAUUGCCAUUAAAAAUGAACUGUCAUUUAUUUUUGCACUUUGAGAUUCAUAGUGUAAACGUAACGUAAUCAUGAAGAACAUGAAUGAGAUGGUAGAUGUCUUUGCUUUUCACAGCUUAAUGCUUUUUAAACAUUUAUAUUUGCUGGUGUUACACCAGCUGCCCUCUUGGAUCGUACAUUAGGAAAAACACUAAAAUUCUCAGUACUGUUACAAGAAAAACAGCUAAUUCACAACAUUUUUUUUGGCACAUUUUUUAUACUUUAUGUACCGUUGGAAAAUAUGUAAAAGCUGGAGGGCUUGAGAUUUUUCCAUGCAUUCUGCUGUUUACACUGUUUGUGUUUUUAAAGUGAUAUCACGGGUUCCCAUUUCCAAAGUAAAAGGUUCUAAUUGCAUCUAUGGAAAACAGACGCGGAUUUAAUAGAUCAUCAGAUGUGCCCAAGAGACAUUUUUUUGUUUAUUAGAGUCUGCAGAGGGAAGAGAGGACACAUGGCGACAGGUUGUGCUCCAACAGUGUGAACUACAUAUAUCACUUUAAAAACAAUAUGUAUUUUGGAUCAGUAGUGCAGCACUUUUGUAGUGAUGAUCCAAAUGUAUGGAAAAUACUGUUUUUUACCCAGUUUAAAUUUUAUAAGAACACUAUUAAAGAUGUUUUAAAUAUUUAA